AUGGAGGAAAAGUGCCUUCCCGCGACCCCCGAGAGUGUGGCAGCGACAUGUCCUCCACCCUCGUACGAGGAAGUGAUGGGACAUCGGACUGUUGGGUACGCCAAAACCACGUCACCAUCAGAUUUACCUCCUCUGUCUUAUAUCGACAUCAUGCCAAGGUUGCUAGACCCUGGUAACAUUGACAAGAAAGUCACUCCUCAGUUUGACAAAUUCAGCGUGGUCGUACAAGCAGCCAACAUGUGGCUGGCUGGAAACCCUCUAUAUGCAGUAUGGAAAUGUGAGACAGUGGAACGGAAAGUGGAAAAGGGAGCAAACAUCGUAAUGGAGAAGAUGAUUUAUCAUGAGGCUACAUUUGGCUUCAACGUGUUCAUACGGGGAUUGAGGUUGUGGCUAACAAAGAAGGUGGACCAGAAUGAGCCCGUGCAGCAGUUAGGCUUGUUGAAUGUUCUUCCACAAAAAAUUGCGGUCGUUCCCACACACGUGUCGUAUGGACCUCAAAUCAACAUGGGAACAGGAGUGCAAAUCAACAUCAAAUCGCGCAGGAGACAUGUUGGUUAUACUACUAUCAACGACCCAGAAAUCCUGAAUAACAUGAUCCUUCCGUCCAUGAACGUGUCGUUUCAAGGUUUGAGGACUACACUAAAACAACUGAACGAGGACCUCAAAUCGAACCCGUUACAAGGUACUGUACUAAAUGUGGAGACAACGACGAUGAAGACAUUCGAAGGGUUAGGUGGUAGAGGAGACAUGGACCCCGACCAGACCUGCUGGCACGAGGACGGCAACAAAUUUAAACGUUUUACCCAAAUCAUAAGGGUCUUCUACGUCAUAGGACCUCCGGCCAAUGAACAAAUUAGCUUCAAAAUUUAG